CUUCAUUUUGAGUCGACAGAGCAGAAGGAGGAAAACUGAAGGCUGAGGCAGGAACGACUGAAGUCCAGAAGAUGAGAGUUUGUGUGGAGGAAGAGGAGGACAGAGCAGAGUCUCCAGUAUCCAGUUGUCUGUCUAUGAAGAGUGACCGGUCAAAAAACUUUCCUCCAAAGUUCAGUAAUGAACCUGGACCCUUAGACACAAAAGAGAAGAAGAGGAGUCAUGUUUCUGUGGAGGAGCAGCCGUCCUGCUGUGCUUUGUGUCAGGACGUCCUGAAGGAUCCAGUCUCUACCAGCUGUGGACACUGGUUCUGCACACAGUGCAUCACCUCAUACUGGGACCAGUCUGCUUCACCAGAAAACUCUUCCUGUCCCCGGUGUGGAGAAAGAUCCAGAACAAGAGCUGGACUGCAGACAGCCAGUCAGAGCAGCUCUGUACAAAUGAGUGCUGGUCUGCAGGAGGUUUUAGAAGAACAUAAGAUAAGUCAGAGGAGAAGAUGUGAAUGUGUGACUGAAGGAAGUGAUGAAACAGGAAGUGGAACCCUCCUCAACAGGAUCUACACUGAGCUCUACAUCACAGAGGGACAGAGUGAAGAGGUUAAUACCCAACACGAGGUGAGGCAGCUUGAGACAGCUUCCAAGAAGAAGACACUCCAUGAAACUCCAAUCAAGUGCCACAACAUCUUUAAAGCCUUACCUGGCCAACAGAGACACAUCAGAGUGGUUCUGACCAACGGCGUCGCUGGCGUCGGAAAAACCUUCUCGGUGCAGAAGUUCACUCUGGACUGGGCAGAGGGCUCGGAAAACCAAGAUGUCAGUCUGCUGGUUCUGCUCUCCUUCAGGGAGCUGAACUUGAUCAAAGAUGAGCAGUACAGUCUUCUCACGCUGCUCCAUGUUUUCCAUCCAACAUUACAGAAGGUCACAGCAGAGAAGCUCGCUGUCUGGAAACUGUUGUUCAUCUUUGACGGCCUGGAUGAAAGCAGACUUUCAUUGGAUUUUCACAACAAUGAGGUUGUGUCUGAUGUCACACAGAAGUCAUCAGUCAACGUGCUGUUGACAAACCUCAUCAAGGGAAAUCUGCUUCCCUCGGCUCUCGUCUGGAUAACUUCCAGACCUGCAGCAGCCAAUCAGAUCCCUCCUUCAUGUGUUGACAGGGUAACAGAAGUACGAGGCUUCACUGAUGUUCAGAAGGAGGAGUACUUCAGGAGGAGAGUCAGUGAUGAAGAGCUGUCCAGCAGAAUGAUCUCACACAUCAAGACAUCCAGGAGCCUCCACAUCAUGUGUCUAAUCCCAGUCUUCUGCUGGAUCACUGCUACAGUUCUGGAGCACAUGUUGACUACAGACCAGAGAGGAGAGCUGCCCAAGACCCUGACUGACCUGUACUCACACUUCCUGCUGGUUCAGACAAAGAGGAAGAAGCAGAAGUAUGAUGAGGGACAUGAGACGAGUCCACAGGAGCUGAUGGAGGCUGACAGGAAAGUUCUUCUGAAGCUGGGGAGGCUGGCGUUUGAACAACUGGAGAAAGGAAACAUCAUGUUCUACCAAGAAGACCUGGAGCAGUGUGGUCUUGAUGUCGCAGAGGCUUCGGUGUACUCAGGAAUUUGUACAGAGAUCUUCAAAAGAGAGAGUGUGAUCUUCCAGAAAACAGUCUACUGCUUUGUUCAUCUGAGCAUUCAGGAGUUUCUGGCUGCAGUCUACAUGUUCCACUGUUACACCAGCAGCAACACAGAGGUACUGGAGGACUUCCUGGAAAAGCAACAUGUUGAUUCAACCUUGGAUGUCUUCCUGAUGGGAGCAAUGAUGAAAUCCCUUGAAAGUAACAAUGGCCACCUGGACCUGUUUGUUCGCUUCCUUCAUGGCCUCUCUCUAGAGUCAAACCAGAGACUCUUAGGAGGCCUGCUGGGUCGGACAGAUAGCAGCACAAAAAUCAUCCAGAGAGCCAUCAACAACCUGAAAAAGAUGAACACAAAAACCUCUCCUGACAGAAGCAUCAACAUCUUCCACUGUCUGAUGGAGAUGAACGACCACUCAGUACAUCAGGAUAUCCAAGAGUUCCUGAAGUCGGGGAACAGAUCAGAGACGAAACUGUCUGUGGUCCACUGCUCAGCUCUGGCCUACAUGCUGCAGAUGUCAGAGGAGGUUCUGGAUGAGUUGGACCUGGAGAAGUACAACACAUCAGUGGAGGGACGACAGAGACUGAUUCCAGCUGUGAGGAACUGCAGAAAGGCUCAACUUUCUGCCUGUGGAAUCACAGAGAGUCUCUGUGAAGUCGUGGCCUCAGCUCUGAAGUCCAACCCAUCACAUCUGAGAGAGCUGGACCUGAGCUUCAACAACCUGAAGGAUUCAGGGGUGAAGCUGCUGGCUAUUGGACUGGAGAGUCCUAACUGUAGACUGGAGACUCUGAGGUUGAGGCGCUGCAGUUUGUCAGAGAUCAGCUGUGCUUCUCUGGCCUCAGCCCUGAAGUCAAACCCCUCCCAUCUGAGAGAGCUGAAACUGGGUAACAACAAGCUGCAGGAUUCAGGAGUGAAGCUACUCUGUUGUUUUCUGGAGAGUCCACACUGUAGACUGGAGACUUUGGGAUUGUGGCGCUGCAGUUUGUCAGAGAUCAGCUGUGCUUCUCUGGCCUCAGCUCUGAAGUCCAACCCCUCCCAUCUGAGAGAGCUAUGGCUAGGUGGAAACAAGCUGCAGGAUUCAGGAGUGAAGCUGCUGUGUGAUUUUCUGGAGAGUCCACACUGUAGACUGGAGACUCUGAGAUUGUGGAACUGCAGUUUGUCAGAGAUCAGCUGUGCUUCUCUGGCCUCAGCUCUGAAAUCCAGCCCCUCCCAUCUGAGAGAGCUGGAGCUGGGUGACAACAAGCUGCAGGAUUCAGGAGUGAAGCUGCUCUCUGAUCUUGUGGAGAGUCCAUACUGUAGACUGGAGACUCUGAGCUGGAAGUGAUCUCUGUCACUGUGAGUGAUGAGAAAGGUGGUGGUGUUGAGAGAGGAUCAGCUGUUUCCUGAUGAUCCAGAGAGGUUGAAGCAGCAACAUCAGCUUGUGUGUAGAGAGUCUCUAACUGAGUGAUGUUACUGGGAGAUAGAGUGGAGAGGAGAGCUUCAUCCAGCAGUGACUGACAGAGGAAUCACAACGGUGCUGCUGUUCUGUCUCUGCAAACACACUGAAACUCCUACACUCCUUCUGCUCCACACUCAGCCACCUCCUCCACUUGGACCUGGACUUUAUUACAUUCAGAUGUUCUGGACCCAAAGUGCCUCUGCUGAUUAGUUCUGUUUAUCACAACAUAACUGCAGAUUAACACAUUUUAUUUGAUUUUUCAGUUUUGUCUCCACCAUGUGGGACAUCGGAGUGUUGCAGUUUAUUUCCACCUAUUACUAAACAGAGGAAGUUGAUAAGUUACCUCGCUGAAGUGCAGUUUAUUACCACCAAUACCAGUCUUUUCUCAUAUAUAACAGAUUUGCUUGUAACAAACAUAAGGAAGAUGAUAAAACCUCAACAAAGUCUGGAUUCAAUACAAAAAACUUCAGUUCCUAUUUUUCACUUGUGUAGCUUUAUGUUCUACUUGAGGGGAAACAACAUGCUAAGUAAUAAUAAUCACGAGAUAAUGAUCAACAACUUGAUAAAGACU